CAGAAGAUUAGGCUGUACGUCAAGACGACAUAUUUGCCAUCUCGUUAUUAUUAGUAGCGGAUGUGCUCGAGACCGUUCCCCGUGGCUAUUAUUAUCACAUGCGAUUAUUACGAUCUUAUUUACUUGACACGCAGGUUUCUGGCGUCCGCUCCCUAACCGUUUAGCUCAUAUGAGAUUCAAUGGCAGGAUAAGUCGCCCCUUUUCCGACGAGAAAUUGCGAGGCAUGAUCCAUCAUCUCCGACGAAUAAUGAAAGAACUAUCACUACCCGAUAGGACGAAAACGGUGAAUCUAAUAUUCGGCGGUUUGGGAUUAACACCCAAGCUAGAACCCACUAGAGUGUCGCCAGAACCAGUCGGAUGGAGACCUCAGAUUUCGCGCCUUUCUCCUGAGAGGAGUCCCAGUCCGAUAUCGUAUUCCUUGUGCUCGUGGUCUUUUCCUUUUCUUUUCUCUUCUUUUGUUUGUGUUCUCAAAGCGGCAUCGUCCGUCACCUGUCAAAACGUGCGGGUUUACGGGUACUAUAAGCCUUACUUGGUCUCGGGAUUUACUGGGUUAAGGUAUAAUAAGUACGUAGUAGCUGACCGAUUCCUGCACCUUAAGCUUGGGCACCCGCGGUGCAGCUCCCAGCUGGUCCCAUGGUGUGGCCCGGGGAGGUCUUUGGGUGAUCCCGUACUGAACUAAAAGCGAAGCGACGUCUAUAGAACAUUCUUAGUCUGUUCCCACAGCGAAUAACAGCAGGCAUCUACCAUUAUGGGGCCUUAAAAAGUACUAGAAGCCUGCUAAGGCGCACCUACGG